CCAUGACAGACGAUGGCAGUCAUGGAGAGGAGAAAUUCAUCCGAACAUCCGUCAACAAACAAGACACCUUGUGCGCUUUUGUAACCGUGCGCCUGGUGUCUGCACAUCAAACUACAUUCCCCUGCAGUGACUGUCAUUUCGGGUUAAAGUCAGCUAGAGAAAUGACUUGCAUAAAACAAAUGUUUUCUAAAAGACCUCGGCUAAAAGUCGGGCGGUUGUUCGGUGCAGCUUUCACCUCCUGCAGAUGUUUGCACGCUGAGCUAGUAAGACAUGAAUCCAGCGGACUCCCAAUAGUUCAUCACAGCAAGUAUGUGUGUGACCUCCCUCCUAACCACAGGUUUCCAAUGGGCAAGUUUCCCCGAGUGUUACACUUUCUAAUGAAAGAUCAAGUCAUUACAGAGAAACAGGUGUGGGUUCCUAAAAUUGCCUCGAAAGAUUUACUGAGCUGUGUACACACUGAUGAAUACUUGAACGACUUCAUAAAUGGGAAAAUAAAUGAGAAAGAACAGAGGAGGACAGGCUUCCCCUGGAGUGAAGGCAUAGUGAGACGCUGUCGAUAUGAAACAGGUGGGACAGUUCUCGCUGCUGAAGUAGCUCUGCAGAGGGGUCUGGCCUGCAGCACGGCAGGAGGAACACAUCAUGCUUUUCCAAGCUAUGGUUCAGGGUUUUGCCUCCUUAAUGACUUAGCAGUUGCAGCCAAAUACCUGAUGGAGAACUCCUCACGCCGGAGAAAGGUUCUGAUAGUGGAUCUUGAUGUGCAUCAGGGUGACGGUACUGCUUUUAUAUUUCAAGAGGAGCCAUGUGUGUUUACAUUCUCGGCGCACUGUGGGAAAAACUUCCCACUCCGUAAACAACAGAGUGACCUCGAUAUCUGCAUGGAAGAUGGACUGGAAGACAAGGAGUAUCUCUCCACAGUUGAAGCUCACCUUCCCUGGCUGCUGGAGACAUUUCGUCCAGACCUGGUUCUGUAUGACGCUGGUGUCGACCCUCACAAGGAUGAUGAACUUGGGAGACUCCGUCUGACUGACCAAGGGCUGUAUCAGAGGGAUCUGUAUGUGAUGAAGACUGUGGUGAGCAGAGGCAUUCCUGUCGCUACCGUUAUUGGAGGAGGAUACUCAAGAGACAUUGACAAACUGGCCCUCAGGCACUCCAUAGUCCACAGAGCAGCAACUCAGGUUUGGAGGGAGUGUGGGAUGUAGAACUACUAUCCUCUGGCACAAGAUGAUCCUCAGGAUUAAGAAGCAAAAAAAUAGGAUAUUAAAACCAACCAAUUUAUAUACUGUAAUUACUACAUUAAUGAAUUUUAUCAAGGAGUUGUGACAAACAUCUUACAUUUGAAAACAGAAUCCACUCCAUGUGUAUUGUUGAAUAUUGUUAUCUGAACAAAUUAUGUAAUAAUAAGUUUCUAAAUUACUUCUUGUACUUGUUUCUGAGCUGUGAACUUCUUUAGCAUAUAAAUCAAGACAUCUGUCACUACAGAUGCUUGUGAAAAAACGGUAUGUGUUGGUUACUUACAAUGGCCAACAUUUCAGAAAAUCGUCUCUUCCAUGUGACACAUGGAAGAGACGAUUUUCUGAAAUGUUGGCCAUUGUAAGUAAUUUUCUGUAAUGUGGGCUGCUGGCUAAAGAGUGCAUCAAGCAGACAUUCAACAACCUUCUGGGUACCUCAUCACAGAUACUGUAUCAGUAUUUCUGUAUUACUAUUAAAUAUUCAGCUAAUGAAUUACA